AUGCCUGUAUACUCAAUUUCCAUUGGCCUUAAUGGCUUGUUCAUCACACUCGGAGGGGUUGAUCCAUGGAAAAAUGUCAAGAGGUUACAGAAGACUUAUCGAUACACCGUCGACCUACCUUUUCCCGAUCCUCGUGAUGGCUAUGUCAUGGAGUAUCACAGCAAAGGCUACGUUGAUUAUGGAAAUGAGUCCAAGGAGUACGUUAAGGACACACCUUCAUUUCCAUACAGAGUGAGAAUCGACGUGAAAAAGGUCAGACUCAGCAACCUGUGGCUCAAUCUUCUUCGGAUCCACCCUGAUGGAACUACUGAUGUCAGUGUAUGCCAUUUUCUUGGUACCGCAAAGACUCAUAUAGGAUUUCUAAAACAUACCAACAAGUACCCGGCUGACUUCAUAGAGUUUUUUGAUGCGGCUAAUAACAAAGUCGAUUUGUGGCCCUUGGGAAAGAAAGAGGCUUGA